CAAAAAUAAAGCAGAUUUGUUUUGAAAUGUUUUCAAGUUUACAAAAAAACUUUUUUUUAAUUGAAACCGGGCGAACCUAGUUAAAAUUCACCUCGAGUGUUUGCAUUCAAUUUUUUUUCAAUUUCAAGAUAAAAAGUUUAUAAUGCACCGGUCUGCAAUUUUCAGUUACGAUCUGCGACCCUCCAUGUCAGAAAUUGAAAUUUUUGUUUCAAUAAAAAUAUUUAAAUUUGAAUUCUUAUGAUUUUACUACUUGAAUAACUCCUCCAAAGCCCACUUUUAUUUGUGAUGUAAAAUUACAUUUCAUGCUGAAAUAAGGAGCUGAACUUUCAGACUUUCAAACCACUCCUUGUUCCAAUGCCUUAUCUUUUGAAGGUUCUUUUUAGUCUUACGUUCUUGUUAGCGCUGAUUAGCGUCACCAAAGCUAUCAGCACAGGUAAUUUCUCGUCCUCAUAGUAAUUAGCGUUAUUGACGAAAAAUUGCUAAAAAGAAGAAAGCACCAUUUUUUAACUCUCCGUUCUCGGAAGUCGCUCACUUUGCCUCUAAAAAUAACUAGCCCUGAAUUAUAUUUUGAGAGGUUUUUCGUGGUUCUACUGAAACUGCACGAGAAGAACUUGGCUUGAAAGAAUGGAAUUCAUGCUAAAAUUUUGACUUUUAACAAAGAAAUUAAAAAUGGAACAAAAACUUUACCUUUUUAUGUUCCACAAAAAAAUAAAAACUUAAUUAAAACUCGGAAAAUUAGGGCGGAGUUGCAGUUGUAAAAUUCAGGUCUGCUGAUGAACCUUGGAAUUGGGCGAAAUCGCGAUCCAGGCCAGUUAUUUGAUUAUUUUUGACACAAACAGGAAAGAUUUUUGAUUAAUUUUAAAUUAAUUUCUUGAUUAAAAGUCACAAUUUUGGUAUGCAUUCCAUUUUCUAUUCUUCAAAGCCAAGUUUCUGUAAAACCACGAAAAAAAUUAAACCCUGAAUCUUCUUCACACUUUACAACAUAAAAACAAAGACACUAAUUAAAGCAGAAAAAACACGCAAAAUACCAACUAUUUGAAGUAUUUUUUAGAAUUUCCCAUUUUCCAUUUCAAUUGCCUCGACGACAAAACCGUGAAUUAUGUCAUCACGUCCGCCAAGCUUUUUCUCAAUUGUUUUUAAUUCUGGCUUUCCUCCAAUAAUCCUUCGCGCGCCCUGUUGCUGUCGUGGGGAGUCGGUGAUCAGCGGGGGCCGCGUUGCCAUGGUGACCGGGGGUGGCUUUCGGUCGGUGGCUCAGUCAGUAGGGGGUGAAAGUGGAAGAGGCGAAAUGGCGCCGCCGGAAUGAGCACCAGGGUCGGGCCGCCGCAACUCCGCUUCUGGGCCUGGGCCGAACAAUCGACCCCCGAGUUGUCCGACCGCGCCGCCAUUCUCCGGGGCCGCACCCGACCCAAGGAUGAUGACCAGACUUCAGGUCUAUCGGAGGGCCGGGCCGGCGGGCACAAGGCGGUGCGGCGCAUCUGGUUCAAUCGGCACCUGUGGGACGCGGCGGCGGUCGACACCACCGACGGCGGUGCGUCCCAACCGACGCCGCCACCGCAGCGCUUCUGUUCCAACUACGUGUCGACGGCCAAGUACAGCUUCAUCUCCUUCUUCCCUUGCUUUCUGUACGAGCAGUUCCAGCGCUACUCCAACUGUUUCUUCCUCUUCAUCGGUUUGCUCCAGCAAAUUCCGGACGUGUCGCCCACCGGACGCUACACGACCAUCGUGCCCCUCUUCUUCAUUCUCAUGAUCUCGGCCAUCAAGGAGGUCAUUGAGGACUAUAAACGGCACAAGGCAGACAAUGAGACAAACAGACGCAAGGUGGAAGUUUUGAGGAGCGGUGCCUGGGAUUCUGUGAUGUGGCGGAACGUUGAAGUUGGGGACGUCGUCAAGGUGCACAAUGACUCCUUUUUCCCUGCAGACAUGGUGCUCCUCUCAUCUAGUGAGCCUCAGGGAAUGUGCUACAUUGAGACUGCCAAUUUGGACGGAGAAACAAAUCUAAAGAUCCGACAGGGACUUAGCCAAACCUCGUCGCUUCUCGACACGGCGCAACUUCAAAGUUUUGCUGCCAGUCUAGACUGCGAACCGCCGCACUUCAACCUGUACGACUUCAGUGGUAACGUCACAGUGAUGGGCCGUGGUUCUCUACCCCUAGGACCGGAGCAGUUGCUGCUGAGAGGUGCCAAGCUGAGGAACACCAACUGGAUUUUUGGCCUGGUUGUUUACACCGGUGUGGACACAAAGCUGAUGCAGAAUUCAAAUAAGGCGCCCCUCAAGAGGUCCUCUUUGGACCGUGCCACCAACUCUCAGGUUCUCAUCCUCUUCGGCCUGCUCGUCGGUCUCUGCAUUGUGAGUGCAAUCUUCAACGCCAUCUGGAACUCCGUUAACGCGGAAACACACACAUACAUCCCCAUGAAAGAUUCUACAAAUUUUUUCUACAAUCUGCUUACCUUCAUUAUCCUCUUCAACAAUCUCAUUCCUAUUUCCCUUCAAGUUUCACUAGAAGUUGUAAGGUAUUUUCAGGCAACCUUCAUAAAUGAGGACAAAGAAAUGUUCCACGUCGAGUCAGGGACGCCAGCUGCGGCGCGCACGUCGAACCUGAACGAAGAGCUGGGCCAGGUCAAAUUCAUCUUCACUGACAAGACUGGCACGCUGACGUGCAACGUGAUGGUGUUCAAGAAGUGUUCUGUGGCUGGAGAGGUGUUUGGCUUUCCCGAAGCCCACGAACAGCCGCACGAGUCACACUUGAUCCGCACCAUGCUUGCAGCUGACAAACCGACGGGGCAGCGCAUCCGAGAGUUCCUCACGUUGCUGGCUGUUUGUCACACAGUCAUUCCUGAGCGUGACAAAGAAAAUGGUACUAUCCUCUACCAUGCAGCUUCGCCUGAUGAGAGAGCCUUGGUGGAGGGUGCGCGUCAAUUUGGCUUUGUCUUUGAAACGCGGGUGCCUGAGUUUGUCACAAUCAGCGUAUUGGGAUGUGAGGAGCGCUAUGAGAUCCUGAACGUAAUUGAAUUUACAAGUACACGCAAGCGCAUGUCAGUGGUGGUGCGAACGCCGACUGGACAGAUCAAGCUUUUCUGCAAAGGCGCCGAUUCUGUCAUUUUUGAGCGGCUAAAUGACCGCACGAACUGCGACCUCACUUUGCACCACCUCGAGGGAUUUGCCACUGAGGGUCUGCGCACCCUUUGCUGCGCCGUUGCAGAUAUUUCAGAAGAGCACUACGAGGAGUGGAAGCAUACCUAUCACAAGGCAGCAACGGCACUGCAAGAUCGAGCUACACGAAUUGAAGAAGCGGCCGAGCUAAUUGAAAUCGGCCUUCGACUGGUCGGCGCCACUGCUAUUGAGGACAAACUACAAGAUGGGGUUCCGGAGGCCAUUGCACAGUUUCUUAAGGCUGAUAUCCAUGUAUGGAUUUUAACGGGCGAUAAACAAGAGACGGCCAUUAACAUUGGCUACUCGUGUCGUCUUUUAACUCAGGGCAUGCAGAUCCUUAUUCUAGACCAAGGAAGUUUAGAUAGCACUAGAGAUAAAAUAAAUGAGUACAUUCGGAGUAUAAGUGCGCUGGGCGGCGGCGGCUGCUCAGCGCGGGACAGUGACUUUGCACUGAUCGUUGAUGGGAAGACGCUUACUUACGCACUGUCAUACGACCUUUGUCGUGAAUUUCUUGCACUUUGCACAAGCUGUCGAUCAGUGGUGUGCUGUCGCGUCUCUCCGCUGCAGAAGGCUGAAGUAGUUGGCAUGGUCACUGCGCACACAAAAUUCAUUACAUUAGCAAUUGGCGACGGAGCCAACGACGUCGCCAUGAUCCAAAAGGCCAACGUUGGAAUUGGAAUUUCUGGUCAAGAGGGACUUCAGGCUGCCUGCGCAUCUGAUUAUUCAAUUGCACAGUUUCGUUAUUUGGCCCGACUGCUGUUUGUGCACGGAGCGUGGAAUUACGCGCGAAUGAGCAAACUGAUCCUGUACAGUUUUUACAAGAACAUCUGUCUGUAUGUCAUCGAGCUGUGGUACGCCAUCUAUUCUGGGUGGUCUGGUCAGAUCCUCUUUGAGCGCUGGACCAUUGGAUUCUACAAUGUGCUUUUCACAGCAGCGCCCCCGCUGGCAAUGGGCCUGUUCGACCGAGCCUGCAGUGCUGAUGCAAUGAUGAGCUUCCCGCUGCUGUACAAGAGUUCUCAGCUCGGCAGCGCUUUUAACCGUCGCGUCUUUUGGAUCUGGAUUGCCAAUUCCCUGUUUCACUCCGUUCUCCUUUAUUGGCUCCCUCUGAUGGCCUUCCAGCAGGAUGUUGUAUGGAGCAAUGGACGAGAGGGCGGAUAUCUAGUCCUUGGAAACACCGUUUACUCGUAUGUGGUAAUGACGGUGUGUCUGAAAGCUGCGCUAGUCACUCAUUAUUGGACGUGGGUCACCCACCUAGCCAUUUGGGGUUCCAUCAUUGCUUGGUUUAUCUUCCUGGUCAUCUAUAGUAACUUCUGGCCAACAAUCCCUUUGGGCGCUGUAAUGGCCGGUCAGGACCACAUGGUCUUCACGUCUCCCGUCUUCUGGCUCGGACUCGUACUCAUUCCGUUUACAGCGCUGCUCCCGGAUGCCACCAUGAAAAUUGGUUGGCUUUGGACCAACAAGAAUUUGGAGGAAAACGUACGCGAGAGUGAAGUGCGCAACCGUGACCCUAGUCGAAUCAUGCAGAAGGAGCGUAGCAGACUGACCGAGACGGCACGGCUGCUCAAGAACGUCAAGAACGUGUUCCGCCGGGCGCCCAACAGUUCCAACAUUGAGGUGGAACUCUCGCAUGGAUAUGCGUUUUCACAAGAGGAGCACGGCGCGGUGACGCAGUCUGAGGUGAUCCGCGCGUACAACACAAACCUGCCUAAGCCCGAGGGCAUGUGACCGCUGACCCUGUGAUCUCAUUAUUCUAGAUCUGAUCAAAAUUUAUUGUUAUAUACAUACAAAUUUAAUCCACUAAUCAAUUGUAACAAAUUGAUUUGAAAUUGAUUUUCAUGAAAAUUAAUGUUAAAGUAAAGAAGAAAAAAAAUAUACUAAAUGCGCGCAUUAAAAUCGUUGUCAUGACGCCUGAAUUGGAGUGGCAAAUUAAAUUAGCAAAACAAAAUAUUUUGCUUCUGCAAUGAUCAAAAACGUUCUGAAUUUACGAACCAUAAUUACUCUUAUUGCUGUGUUAAAAGCAUCAAAAACAUUGUUAACUGAAAUUAUAUGAAUGGUGACAUGAUGUUGCUCUAUCUCUUAAAUAAACUCGCGUGAAAAAUGCU